AUGACAUCAAAAUUGGCAGGGCUGCGUAAUGACUCAAAUUUACUUGGUGAAAAGAACAAGGUUCUAGUUGCUAACAGAGGGGAAAUUCCUAUUAGGAUAUUUAGAACGGCGCAUGAAUUGUCUAUGACCACGGUUGCGAUUUAUUCGCAUGAGGAUCGGUUGUCUAUGCACCGUUUAAAAGCGGAUGAGGCGUAUAUGAUUGGUGAGGAGGGUAAAUAUACUCCAGUUGGUGCUUAUUUGGCAAUUGAUGAGAUUAUUAGUAUUGCGCAACAACACCAGGUUAAUUUCAUCCAUCCUGGGUAUGGAUUUUUGUCAGAGAAUUCAGAAUUUGCGGAGAAGGUCGAGAAGGCAGGUAUUACUUGGAUAGGGCCUCCUGCGGAGGUGAUUGAUGCGGUUGGGGACAAGGUUUCUGCUAGGAAUUUAGCAGCGAAGGCUAAUGUUCCAACUGUACCAGGAACACCGGGGCCUAUUGAUUCUGUGGAGGAUGCUAAACGUUUUGUUGAGGAAUAUGGGUAUCCGGUUAUUAUCAAAGCAGCUUUUGGAGGUGGUGGAAGAGGUAUGAGGGUUGUUACGGAAGGAGAUGAUAUUCAAGAUGCGUUUCAGCGGGCUACCUCGGAAGCCAAGACGGCUUUUGGUAAUGGUACUUGUUUUAUUGAACGAUUUUUGGAACAACCCAAGCAUAUUGAAGUUCAAUUACUUGCGGAUAACUAUGGCAAUGUCAUUCAUUUAUUUGAACGAGACUGUUCGGUGCAAAGAAGACACCAAAAGGUUGUUGAAGUGGCCCCUGCUAAGACAUUGCCUAUGGAAGUACGUGAUGCGAUUUUGACAGAUGCUGUGAAGUUAGCGAGGGUUGGAAAGUAUAGAAAUGCUGGCACUGCUGAAUUUUUGGUUGAUAACCAGAACAGACAUUACUUUAUAGAAAUAAAUCCUAGAAUCCAAGUGGAGCAUACGAUUACAGAAGAGAUUACUGGUGUUGAUAUUGUCGCUGCACAGAUCCAAAUUGCUGCAGGUGCUUCUUUAGAACAACUAGGGUUAUAUCAAGACCGUAUUACCACACGUGGAUUUGCAAUCCAAUGUCGUAUUACCACUGAGGAUCCAAGUAAGAACUUCCAGCCUGAUACUGGCCGUUUGGAUGUCUAUAGAUCUGCAGGUGGUAAUGGUAUCAGGUUGGAUGGUGGUAGUGCUUUUGCUGGUGCCAUUAUUUCACCCCAUUACGACUCGAUGUUGGUAAAAUGUACUUGCUCGGGCUCCACAUAUGAAAUUGUUCGGCGUAAGAUGCUGCGUGCUUUGAUUGAAUUCAGAAUCAGGGGAGUGAAGACUAAUAUUCCUUUUCUAUUAACCCUAUUAAUGCAUCAAGUCUUUAUCUCCGGUGAUUGCUGGACCACUUUCAUUGAUGAUACCCCACAAUUGUUUGAGAUGGUAGCCUCUCAAAAUAGAGCGCAGAAAUUGUUGCAUUACCUGGCAGAUCUUGCCGUUAAUGGUACAUUUAUUAAGGGCCAGGUUGGAUUACCUAAACUACAUACUCCUCCAGAUAUUCCUCAUCUAUAUGAUGAAAAUGGUGAAGUAUUGGAUAUUUCGAAACCUAGCUCUGUUGGUUGGAGGCAGGUCCUUUUGGAGAGAGGUCCAGAAGAAUUUGCAAAGGAAGUACGAAAAUUCAAUGGUGUCUUACUGAUGGAUACUACUUGGAGAGAUGCUCAUCAAUCGUUAUUAGCCACUAGAGUCCGUACAUACGAUUUGGCGGCUAUCGCACCAACGACCUCACAUGCUCUGGCAGGAGCUUUUGCUCUGGAAUGUUGGGGUGGUGCUACAUUUGAUGUCGCCAUGAGAUUCUUACACGAAGAUCCUUGGGAACGUCUUAGAACUUUACGUAGGUUGGUUCCUAAUAUUCCCUUCCAAAUGUUGUUGCGUGGUGCUAAUGGUGUAGCUUAUUCUUCUUUGCCAGAUAAUGCUAUUGAUCAUUUUGUUGAACAAGCUAAAAAGAAUGGUGUGGAUAUAUUUAGGGUAUUCGAUGCGUUGAAUGAUUUAGAUCAGUUGGAAGUUGGCGUAAAUGCCGUUAAGAAAGCUGGUGGUGUUAUUGAGGCUACGCUAUGUUAUUCUGGUGACAUGCUACAACCAGGUAAAAAGUACAAUUUGGAUUAUUACUUGGAACUUACCGAUAAGAUUGUCAAGAUGGGAACCCACAUUCUUGGUAUCAAGGAUAUGGCUGGCACAUUGAAGCCAUCGGCUGCAAAAUUGUUGAUUGGCUCUAUUAGGACAAAGUACCCAGCUUUGCCAAUUCAUGUUCACACACAUGAUUCAGCAGGUACUGGUGUUGCAUCUAUGGUCCAAUGUGCACUUUCAGGUGCAGAUGUUGUUGAUGUUGCCAUCAAUUCCAUGUCUGGAUUAACAUCUCAGCCCUCUAUUAAUGCCUUACUAUCUUCAUUGGAUGGCGAUGUUGAUACUAAUAUUAAUGCAGACCAUACCCGUCAGUUAGACGCUUACUGGGCGGAAAUGAGGCUUCUAUACUCUUGUUUUGAAGCUGAUUUGAAAGGCCCAGAUCCUGAAGUCUACCAACACGAAAUUCCAGGUGGCCAGUUGACUAACCUAUUAUUCCAGGCCCAACAAUUGGGUCUGGGCGAGCAAUGGGCGGAAACGAAAAGGGCUUAUCGUGAGGCUAAUAUGUUGUUGGGAGACAUAGUGAAAGUUACUCCUACAUCUAAAGUUGUUGGUGAUUUAGCACAAUUUAUGGUCACUAAUAAACUAACUUCCGAUGACGUUAGACGCCUGGCUGGCUCCUUGGAUUUCCCAGAUUCAGUUAUGGACUUUUUUGAAGGUUUAGUUGGCCAACCAUAUGGUGGCUUCCCAGAACCACUGAGAACAGAUAUCUUGAAGAAUAAGAGAAGAAAGUUAACGUGCAGGCCCGGGUUGGAAUUGGCUCCGUUUGAUUUGAUCAAAAUUAGGGAAGAGCUGGCUUCUAGAUUUGGUAACAUUGAUGAAUGCGAUGUUGCAUCCUAUAAUAUGUAUCCAAAGGUUUACGAAGACUUCUGUAAGAUUAAGGAGCAAUAUGGUGAUCUAUCUGUCUUGCCAACAAGGAAUUUCCUGUCCCCGCCUGUUAUUGGAGAAGAGAUUGUCGUCAACAUUGAAAAAGGUAAAACAUUGAUCAUAAAACCACAAGCGAUUGGUGAUUUGAAUAAGGCUACCGGAAGAAGGGAAGUAUACUUUGAAUUGAAUGGUGAAUUACGUAAGGUCUCUGUCUUGGACAAGUCUCAAAAAGUGGAGACUGUUUUGAAGCCUAAAGCAGAUGUUCACAAUCCCUUCCAAAUCGGUGCACCAAUGGCUGGUGUCGUUAUUGAGGUUAAGGUCCACAAGGGCUCCAUUGUACAAAAGAGCCAGCCGUUGGCUGUCCUGAGCGCAAUGAAAAUGGAAAUGGUUAUUUCUUCUCCAGCAGAUGGCCAAGUUAAGGAUGUUCUCGUUACUGAUGGUGAGACCGUUGAAGUUUCAGAUUUGUUGAUCGCAUUAGAGGAGGUAGUCACCGUCAAAUAA